AUGUCGCUGCCUACCCCAGCUGCUUUUUCGGACGAUGAAGACUUGCUCCUAGCUCUCCAAACUGCUGAUCUCGAGGGAGAUGGGCUUCAAGGUAGCCCUGGUCACUAUGAUGAUUUCCAUGUAGCUUCUCCCUCUACACAUGUGAAGCAAGCAAAAACAGAACAGCUAGUCACCAAAAGAUUCUCCUUAAAAACACACCGCUUCCUAUUAUGGUCAUAUGCAAGGACUGGAACAAGGUCUCUCCUCUCAGGAGACCACGAUACUGAUCUGUUGCAACAAAUGAAGAUGGGCCUCGACACAUUGGAUUGCUGGUCUUGUGUGGACCCAAGCGUACCCGCCAAUUCUAGGCCCACAUCGAGAACCCAAACUGCUGCUAAUUGGAGGAUAUUCUGCGAUGCAAUCCUUGCACCACUGUCUAUUUCCGUGUCGAUGCCAAGCCGUCAAGGGAAGCAACAACCGCCAACUCCUAAAUGUCUCAUUCACAAUAUCUGA